CCUUCCGCCUGCUGCCCCUCCUCCCCGCCUUCCGCAAGAUGGCGGCGGGCGCGGCGCGGGCCGGGGGUGGUUGAGGGUGGCAGAUUAGUUCUUUUGGAGAGUUAAACACUUGGAGAGGAAAAUGACAUCGAUUAUCAAGCUGACUACACUCUCGGGGGUGCAGGAGGAAUCUGCCCUUUGCUAUCUGUUGCAAGUAGAUGAGUUUCGUUUUCUUUUGGACUGUGGCUGGGAUGAGAACUUUUCUAUGGAUAUUAUUGAUUCUCUGAGGAAGCAUGUACACCAGGUUGAUGCUGUUCUUCUUUCCCACCCUGACCCUCUACACCUUGGUGCACUUCCCUAUGCAGUUGGAAAAAUGGGGUUGAAUUGUGCCAUUUAUGCGACUAUUCCUGUAUAUAAAAUGGGACAGAUGUUUAUGUAUGAUCUCUACCAGUCCCGCCAUAACACUGAAGAUUUCACACUCUUUACACUGGACGAUGUAGAUGCGGCCUUUGAUAAGAUACAACAGCUGAAGUUUUCACAGAUUGUGAACUUGAAAGGCAAAGGACAUGGUUUGUCAAUCACACCAUUGCCAGCUGGUCACAUGAUAGGAGGCACAAUUUGGAAGAUUGUCAAGGAUGGAGAGGAAGAAAUUGUUUAUGCUGUUGAUUUCAACCACAAGAGGGAGAUCCAUCUGAAUGGAUGUUCAUUGGAAAUGUUGAGCAGGCCUUCAUUGCUUAUCACAGAUUCAUUUAAUGCUACUUAUGUACAACCCAGGAGGAAGCAAAGGGACGAACAGCUGCUGACUAACGUUUUGGAGACAUUACGAGGUGAUGGAAAUGUAUUAAUAGCUGUGGAUACAGCAGGCAGAGUUCUGGAACUUGCUCAGCUUCUUGAUCAGAUCUGGAGAACAAAAGAUGCAGGAUUAGGAGUCUACUCUCUCGCACUUUUGAAUAACGUCAGCUACAAUGUAGUGGAGUUCUCUAAAUCACAGGUUGAAUGGAUGAGUGACAAGUUGAUGAGGUGCUUUGAAGACAAGAGAAACAAUCCUUUUCAGUUCCGCCAUCUCUCCUUAUGUCACAGUCUGUCUGAUCUGGCUCGAGUGCCUAGYCCAAAAGUUGUUCUUGCCAGUCAGCCUGACUUGGAGUGUGGGUUUUCUAGAGAUCUUUUCAUUCAAUGGUGUCAGGAUUCCAAAAACUCUAUAAUUUUAACUUACCGCACUACACCUGGAACMUUAGCACGAUUCCUGAUUGAUAAUCCUUCUGAAAAAGUUAUAGAUAUUGAGUUGAGAAAACGUGUCAAGUUGGAAGGAAAAGAACUUGAAGAAUACCUAGAAAAGGAGAAACUAAAGAAAGAAGCAGCUAAGAAGUUAGAGCAGUCUAAAGAGGCAGAUAUUGAUUCCAGUGAUGAGAGUGAUGCUGAAGAGGAUAUUGAUCAGCCAACUUUACAUAAGACCAAACAUGAUUUGAUGAUGAAGGGGGAAGGUAGCCGGAAAGGAAGCUUCUUCARACAGGCAAAGAAAUCUUAUCCAAUGUUUCCAGCUCCUGAAGAAAGAAUUAAAUGGGACGAAUAUGGCGAAAUUAUCAAACCUGAGGAUUUUCUAGUUCCAGAACUUCAAGCAACAGAAGAAGAAAAAAGCAAAUUAGAGUCUGGUUUGACAAAUGGAGAGGAGCCUAUGGACCAGGAUUUAUCAGAUGUUCCUACCAAAUGUAUUUCUGCAACAGAAUCUAUGGAAAUUAAAGCAAGAGUUACGUACAUUGACUAUGAAGGACGUUCAGAUGGGGACUCAAUUAAAAAAAUUAUUAACCAAAUGAAACCAAGACAACUGGUCAUUGUCCAUGGACCACCUGAGGCCAGUCAGGACCUUGCAGARUGUUGCAGAGCAUUUGGUGGAAAAGAUAUUAAAGUUUACAUGCCCAAACUUCAUGAAACAGUAGAUGCUACAAGCGAAACUCACAUUUACCAGGUCAGGUUGAAAGAUUCUCUUGUCAGCUCUCUUCAGUUCUGUAAAGCCAAGGAUGCUGAGUUAGCUUGGAUAGAUGGUGUUCUGGACAUGAGRGUUUCAAAAGUAGAUACUGGAGUUAUUUUGGAAGAGGGAGAGUUGAGGGAAGAUGAAGACUUAGAGAUGCAAGUGGAUGCGCCUUCUUCAGACUCAAGUGUGAUUGCACAACAGAAGGCCAUGAAAAGCCUCUUCGGGGAUGAUGACAAGGAGAUGUGUGAGGAGAGCGAGAUUAUUCCUACUUUGGAGCCUCUGCCACCUCAUGAGGUUCUUGGACAUCAGUCUGUGUUUAUGAAUGAACCAAGACUGUCUGACUUCAAGCAGGUUCUCUUACGAGAAGGUAUACAAGCAGAAUUCGUUGGAGGAGUGCUUGUGUGCAACAAUCUGGUGGCUGUCCGCAGGACUGAAACAGGGCGCAUUGGAUUGGAAGGCUGUCUCUGCCAGGACUUUUAUAGGAUAAGAGACCUUUUAUAUGAGCAAUACGCUAUUGUCUAAGGAAAGUGCUGCAAAGGUGUUUUCACUUGAACUUUUACAGACAAUGGAGGUUUCUCCCAGUUCUGACUUUUUGUAGUUUUCUAAUUUAUACAGAGAAACCUAGUUCAUAAAGAGCAAUUAGCUGCCCUGAACGUGUAAGUAACUGCUACUGUUGUUCAUGAAUCUGUUGGUACAUUCCAUGUAGUUGACUCUAAAACUGUUACAACUUAACAUCUCCCACAUAACACAUUAUAAAUCAAUUUAUGACUAUGAACAGUUUGCAGGAAAGUUCAGUUUGUCAGGGCACAUUUUAGUUUCACAGAUUUCCUGCCAAAGAGUAUAAAACAUGUAAAAGUCAUUCUUGUAUUCUAAAAUAAGAUUGGAUAAAAAACUUUGGAUUCUUUGGUUUUGUUGGUUUUGGUUUCUGUGUGGUUGUUUUUGGUUUCAGUUGUUUGGGGUUUUUUUAAUAAGUGUGAUUUGGGGAACAAUCUCAAAUAUUUCCGUUCCGUUUUUAAAUUGAGGUUAGUUGAACUACAUUAUUAAUAGCCCACUUAAAGCUAAACUGUCCCCAAGUUAAUCUGGCUGCAUCUUAAUGCUGUAUCUGUUCCAUCUUAUGGAUUGUUCUGAAACAACAUUUUAUAUUYUGUAUGAAAACAUUAAUCUGCAGGAUAAAAAAAAAUUAAUUUGGGUACUCUGAGAAGAUCGGAUGUUAUUUUCAGGCAGUUUAAAAAGCAGCAGUUGUGCUUCAGAGUAACUUCUGUGCAAACAUAAAAAAUUUGUAACUUCUAUCUCUUGCAAAAUUAUGYCAAUUAUAAAACCUCUUCUGAGUUCUGAUUUUAAUACUUUUCAAAGUCUAAAGCCUUUAUUCGUGCACUGCUGUUUGUUCAUAGUGCCAUGAGCCAAGUUCAGAAAGAUCUUCUCUCUUAAAAUCUGAGUUCAUGUGAUGUAUUUAAUGAUUUUGUGCCAUGUCCUGUUCUAGUUGGCAGUGAGACUUAYUGUAGCUGCUGAUGCUAGGAAUUGACCUUCCUUUUUAAGUGAGGAUAAGCACAGUUUUGAGAUCAUUCAUUUCUCAGAAAUUAACUUAGGUAAACAAAUGGCCUCUCGACUUUAUUUAAUCCUUUUCUCCCCUGCCCAUGUGUGAAACACCACCUUUGGCAGUGGAGGUUGUUUGCGUUUUACAUGAACCAGCAAUGUAAUAUAUACUCUUCAUGUGUAUGCUUAAAUAAAACCUUCUGAAAAAGUGGCAAAAAAUAGCCCUGUGGGCUAUCAAUGAAAAGAUAAUUUACUUUGCAAUUCAUUCUCAACAAARUUUUUUUAUCUAAUCUACAGACUGUUCUGUUUAAAACAGUGAUUUAAAAGUGAAGACCAUGUUAAAGAACUGAUAGAACUAUAUACUAGAAAUGUAAAAAAAUCGAAAAUGUAAUGCUGAGUGAGAAUGUAUUUUCUUACACAAAAAAAAUCUAGGGAUUACUAGAUGGCUGAAUGUUGUGGGKUUUUUUCUUAACAGUCUAGAAAAAUGUGUAUUUCCCUUACAGUGACAACCAGAACUUCAUAGAAACACUCUGGUUUUGUAGCAAUGCUAUGUAAAUCUAUAUGAUGCUGAAUACUUGUUGCUGAAUACUAUUGUAUUACUAUUUUUGCCAAUACUAAUGAACUUUUAUAAAGUGAGUUAUUUUGUACAUAUUCAUAUUGACCUUAGGACUUUUACCUUGAGGGCUUAGGAUGGGAAGGGAUUGUGUAAGUCUGCAUGGAAUAUACUAAUGAAGAAAAAAUCCCUUCGGAAGUCAAACUAAAAAUAGUGCUAUUUUAAAGAAAAGGAUAAAGAUGACACCAUGUGAUCAUCAACGCUAACCCUAACUCAGACCUGUCAGUUUUGUUUAUUUUUCUAAUCUACUGAUAGUAAUUCAGCUAAGAUCAACAAAAUUUUAGUGUUAUCAGUCACAAAAUUCUAGUGUGUGCUGACAGAGGACUCCAAAUUAUUGCCAUCACUGGAGGAAGAGCCUCAAAUAUAAGCAAAACAGUUGACUUCUUAUUUUAGUGUGUUCAGCAUGUCUGGCUGAAGUGUGAAUUCAGACCUAGAAAGCUGACUUGCAAGGUGACAGCAGUCAGCUGAGUGCUGGGACUGGAGUGUUGGACAUUUGUAGAAAACAUAUCAUAGGCUCCCCUGGUGCURUGGGGCAGGUGUGCUCCUCAGCUGUGCAGUCAGUAAUUGUAAGCAGGGUGCAACUGAAGCAAAUGCCCAUUAAUUUUGCCUACUCUGCUYCAGUUCCCUGAUGCAUUCUUAACUGUGCUUUGCUUUAGACAGUAAUUGAACUUCUCUGUUUCAUUUUCAGAGUUACUAGUSUGGUUCUUGUUUGUAUCUGAACUAAAAGAUUAAUUUCCCCUUACCUUCACAAAAUGUCAGUGCUGUGAUGGUCCAUAAUUUAUGUUUUUUGACUUUUACAUUUUCUUCAUUAACAGUAAAAAUGUGUCAAGGAGUACCAUUUCUUAUUCUGUGCUAUGUUGCUCUUGAGUGUAAGAACAUUAACUUCAAACCUAGUUGUGGUGUUCACCAGUUAAAAAUAUUUUGUUCCAAGGCUCCUGGAUAAUUCAGAUUGCUCAGAUAAGAAGAGCGACAGGUAUGUGGACACUUGCCUGCUUGCACCCCCAAAUUUAUAGUACUUGUARGUAAAUCCUAGCUUUUGCAGUCACUUCUUCCUGUACCUAUGUGGUAGAAUGAGAAGACAUGUUUCAAAAGAUUAAGGGAAUGCAGUAGCAGAACUCCAAUGAUAAGCAAAAUAAUUCUAGCAUUAUUAUGCUGUUCCUAAUAUCAAAAAAAGCUUUACCCUGAGUUAAAUAACAUUGUGACAGUUUCAUUUUUAUUCAUUUUAUGUUGACAAUAUGUGCUGGAGCUGAGGGGAAGCUGAAUAUCUUCCCCAUUCUUCAACAAUAUUUAGGCUUAACCAGAUCCUCUUCUCAAAAUAUGCUGUUAAUGGAAAGGUAGGAUGCCCAGCAUUCUGUCAGUGACAGUCUUGUGAGACAGCAUUUGAGAUCUACUUGCUAGUACAACUUGCUUGGAAAGGUAGGGAUUUUCCCAUAUCUCUACUAGCUAGUAGAGAUGCUAUUCAUUAGGAAUUAACAAGCAGAGACACCCUCCCUCCCCACCCUACAAUCUAAAUAAUUGUUGUAGAUGGUUGUGCACUAAAACACUUGUUUGUACAGAAUCAAGAUUUAUUUGAUAAGGCAUGACAUGUAUUAAUACUUCAGGWAGGAAAGAGGAGUGUAUUGCCUGGGGAAAACACACCUGGUUCAGGCCAGCACAGGGUAAUUUUUGCAGCAGCCAGGAGGGGCAUGGCCAGGAUCCAGAGGUUAUUCCAUGCCACCUCCAGUCACUUCCCAAGACUGGGGAAGGGUUCCCUUCCUGRUGGUGGUCAGGUUGUUGGGCUCCUUUUGGUGUAUUUGCAUGGGAAUUGCUCACCUUUCUUGUACAAUUUUGUUACUAAUAUUGUUACUGUUACUGUUCAUUUUCUUAUUUCAUUGCUGUUUCUGGUAAAUUGUUCUUAUCUCAACCCAUGAUCUUUACUUUUUGUGACUCAAUUCUCCUCUUCAGCCCCAACAGGAGAGGGGAAGGGAGGAGCGAAUGAACGGCACAUUGUUUGGAGUGUUUUGGUGGGAACAUGAAAUGGGAGAAUACCAUUCCUAAACGAAAACUACUAAAAUUUUUUGAGUCCACAGUAAUCCUACUGUAAGGAUCUGAAUGUUGCAUGAUAUUCUGUUUCAUAGGUUUUAGAGAUAUUUUCAUAGUUUUGAAAAAGAAGUGCUGGGGAAGAUGAUCUCACAGUCAAAUCUGAUAAAGUAAUGUAUCCAGUAGACAGAAUUUUAGCUCUUGGUCUGAAAACUGUGUAAGAAACCAAUGGUAGUUCAAAAUGGGAUAAUGAAACUAGAUAAAAAGAAUGUAUAAAAUUUAUUUUUAAAAAUACUUUAAACAGUAUUAAAUCYUACCUUCUCUUGAGACGAUUUUUGAUUGGAUAAGAGAUAUAAUAGAAAGAACAAAAUUUCAUAGAAUCAUGGAAUGGUUUGUGUUGGAAAGGGUCUUARAGAUCAUCUUAUUUCAGCCCCCUGCCAUGUGCAGGUACACCUUKUACUAGAYCAGUUUGCUCAAAAUCCCAUCCAACAUGGCCUUGAGCACUUCCAGAGGUGAGCCAUCCUCAACUUCUCUGGGCAACCUGUGCCAGUACGUCCCCUUCACUUAUAGUGAAGAAUUUAUUCCUAGUAUCUAAUCUAAACCUACUCUCUUUCAGUUUAAAGCCAUUCUCUCUUGUCCUGUCACUACAUGCCCUUGUAAAAAGUCUUUUCCCAGUUCUUCUGUAGGACCCUUUUAAGUACUGGAAGGUGCUGUAAGGUUUCCCCAGAGCUUUCUCUCUUGCAGGCUAGACCACCCCAACUCUCUCAGCCUUCACAAGAAAGGUGGUCCAGCCCCCUGAUCGUGGCCCAGCCCCCUGAUCAUGGCCCUCCUUUGCAGUUGCUCCAGCAGGUCCAUGUCCUUCCUGUGCUGGGGACUUCAGAGGUGGAUGYAGCACUCCAGGUGGGGUCUCUCCAGAGUGGAACAGAGGGCAGAAUCACCUACCUCACCCUGCUGCCCCUGCUGCUUUGGAUGCAGCCCUGGAUACAACUGGCUCUCAUCACCAGCAUUUAUUUYGGGAGUCUUAUGUGGCUUGUUUCCUGCAAGUACAGAACAGGAUAGUUAGCCUAAGCUGAAGUGAGCAGUAUUCAUCUUUUAAGUUUUUUUUUUUUUUAUUUCCAGUGAAGUUGAAAGCUUCCAUUAUAACAACACAAGCUUUUAUAGAAACUCAUUUUCAUGAAGGGUACUGGAAGGGCAAAUAUUUCAUUGAGUGAUUUGGAUGGUCURAAAUGCCAUGAUAAGCAGUAAAUGUUGUGAACUGGUAAUGUACGUCACACUGCUUGACCAGUAUUAACCAAGGAAUGAAAGAGCAUGUUGUUUUCAAAUUGACUACAUUAAUUACAUUAAUAAAAUUCAUUCUGUAUUGUAAAGGGUGUCUUAGAGUUUUCUGGCAGAAGAACUCUGAAGAGUGGUUGCAGUUGAGUGGUAAGUGAACUGAUCCUUUCAGCUUAGUAACACAUCCUCACAGUGGUAGAAGAGGAAUAUAGUUUCAAGUGUAUGGAAGAACGAGAUUAUUUCGUGCAGUGAACUUCAGAUUUUACUGCCUUUGAUAGGUUAUGUAUUACCACUGUGAUAGGAAGUAAAAAAAAUCCAAAAAACCAUCUCACUCUUGCAUUUUUUUAGUAGAACUUCCAGUUAGCCCUAUUACUGUUUUCCUGGGAGAGAAGGAUCCAUGCAAACUCUAAAUUUUAGAAGAAGCAAGUUUGCUAUAUGAGCUUUAAGCAGUGAAAACCUGCCUGUUGUUACAUAAUCCUCUUAGGUGAUGCAAGCUGGAUCUGUGAUUCAGCAGCUGAAUGAUAAUGAGCUAAGCAUCUGCCAAAAAGUGUUGCAGUUUGUAAAUGCAAUCUGGCAGUCAGCAAUUUUGGUAACAAGAAAAUACAUUAUUUCAGUUGUGCAGGCUUUUCUUAAAUACUUUUCACUUUCAGUGCAGCUUUUUGGAAGUGAUAAAAACUUUUCUAAAAGCUACUUUUGAGAAAUGAUUCUAAAAAAAUUUGUAAUGGUGGUCAUUUCAGUUAAAAAAAUARUACAACCCAAACUACAAGCUUUCUGUUGAACUUGUCCCAAGGCUGAUACCAGUUUUUGUAAAACUGACUCUGGAAAAUUACGUGGGGAACCAGUGGAGAGAGUUCAUCAUGUUGCGUGGUAGUAGCUACCAUGCCCUUGCUGGUAUUUAAGAUGUGGGAGAUAAAGUGUAACAUUUAGUGUCAGUAACAAUGUCAGAACUUGUGCAAGUAAAUAAAAAUUCCAUCUUAAAAAUGUUGAACUUUUUUUUUAGAUGAAACCAAAAUUAUUUUUCCUUCGUUUGUAGCUGAUUAGUUUAUGGGAAUACAUAGGUGUGAAGAAUGAACUCUUAGCAGCACAGUUGUUAAGCAAAAACUCUUGGAGUGAUUGAUUUCUCAAGCUAGUGGUUUCACUGAUAUUUUUUGAAAGUUAUCACYUAACUCAGUUGCUUUGUCUGUGAGAAGUCUCAUUUAAGUUGUCUCACCAGUUCUGAACCACAGCAUUGUGAUACACAACCCAGUCAUUUACUCAGCUGCUUUACAGCUCUUUAAAUCAGAACAAGAACUCCAGUUUGGAGUGARGAAGUAUAGAUCACUGAGUUCCACCAAAGGAAAAAAAUUAGUAAUAGCUUAGAGGUUGAAAGAUAACCUUUUAUUUAUUUUAAUGUUAAYACUCAAAUUGUGUAGAAAAAUUGCACAAAAUGAUUUUGAAAGGUCCUUGGAAGGAAGAAAAUGGAUAGAGAUAAAACUUAAUCAUCACUAAAACUUAGUAGGACUGUCAGCCAUAUAACUUCUGUGUCUGCUUACAAUGCAGUAAUAGGAACAGGUUUCUAUGGAAUGCUUUCUGAUGUCACUGCAAUGAACUGGUCAAAUAAAAAAAACCUGGUCAGCAAAAAAAAAAGGUUAUCCACAUUUACCUAACUAGCCUGUUGCAUAUGCUUCAAGAUGUGUACCUUGAAAUGUUUUAAUGAUGUGGAUUACAUAUCAAAAAGUGGGAGAUUGGGUGUGAUAACAUUGCCACUCAUUUUGCAGUUUUAACGCAUGUGUUGGGCAGCAGGUAUAGCUUAUCCAAAUAAUUUUUUCUAUUCGGACAAUAUAUUUGUAUCUUCUGUUKUUUUCAGAGAACUUGUUUAAUUAACUUUCAUGAAAAAAACCCUGAGCGUAAUGUAAUCAAUGCUUUGUAAAUUAUUGGCAGGUGUUUUGCAAGACAUAGUAAUGAACUGCCCUGAAAAAUCAUCAGGGAAUUACUUUUUCUGCCGUUUUGCAGCUCCUGGAGGAGUUGCACAGCUGGCGGAGCAUAUUGCCCGUCACCAUGCCAGACUUGGCAUUUGAAAGUCUGCCAGAUUGCUUUGUGCUGUUGUGCUAGUCGUGGAUCAGCAGUUUGCAACAGUAUGAAGGUAGUAAGCAUUUUAUUCUCUGCCCUUUGUAGGAUCACACAAGUUAAUACUGCAUCUAUGAAGAGUCCAACCUUUUUUCUGAACCUACCAAGUACUUGGGUUGCAUUACCUGGUUAGAUUAACCUCCAUGCUGCAAGAAUCUAUGGAGAAGUUAUGUUUUUGAGACGCUGGUAAAAUUUCUCUUAGUAUCAAUGUUUGGAGCCACUGUGUAUAGCCUGCUUUUCAUGUUUUAUGUAAUUUUAUUAUGUUUUAGUAUAUCUUUCAUAAUCUCCCUGAUUUUACUAAUGCACAAUAUUGCAAAAGCAGUAUAAAACUAGUCAACAGACUUUAAAUCAUUCGUGUAUCUCUAAACCUCUUAUGCUGAUUAAAGUGUUAAGGCUAUUAGUAUUUUUUAUGUAACUGGGUCUAAAUUUAGUCUCUGUUGCAGUCAAAAAACACUCUGAURUUGCAAACCAUGAUCCCAAUCUGCUUCCUUUUGGAGUCGAUGGUAACAGUUUUUCAGCACAGCUCUUGUGUUUCUGUGUACUAAUGACUUGAACAGUUGAUAUUAUUUUAUUGUAGAAAUUCAGUAGUGACUGAUUUCUCUUCCAGGAGUGUCAAAAUACUACUUUUGUUGUGUGUAAUGUGAUUUUAUUUACUUUUUUGUUUUUUUAAUUCUCAAAAUUUUAAAAAGUGAUUUGAGUAGCCCAUAGGCUAUUGCUUUGUUGGUUGGAAGGACAGAACUGUUAAUAUUUUUCUUUAUGUAAAAUUCUUUUGGUUCUUGUAUGGAGAGGCAAAAAGAAAAAGAAAUGUUAAACUGGAGAAAGUUAUAUAGCAUAGUGUGUAGCCCAUUCUUCCAUGCCGAGUAGCUGUGAAAUGCCUGCAUAACAGUCUCAUCCUGYGAAACAGCACCUAAUCAUCCAUUCUGUGUAGUCUGGUAUAACUGUUUGAACAACCUAAUUAUUAUGAAAAAAGCAACAAAGUCGUGCCAUCACAUAUUACUGAUUUUAUUUCUGGCAAUAUGGUGCAGUGCCUUUGGCCRGUUACAAUGUGUGGUCUUAAUUUCACAUGUACAUGAGUUUUAUGUCAUAGCUGACAGCUUGAUGCAAAAAGCCAGCUUUAAAAAAACCCACAAUACACUACUGGUGUUUGAGGUACUAGAAUAUCCAGUGAGGGAAAUCAUAGCUCUGUGUUCAAGGGGCCUGUUGGAAAGAUUGAACAUUUUGACUAUUUGAAUAGUAGCCUUGCUGCUAUUUACAUACAAAAACAAGUGGCUUUAAGCUCAUGUGUAGACAUGGUUAAUGUAAAUUAUUUUUUUUUAAACACAAAAUUGAAGAUUGUAUUUCUAAUGCAUGUGUGCAUGAUCUUAAAAACAGCUAGAGACUGCGUUGUGUGAGCUGUACAUGCAAAUCAAUAAGAGUGCACCACUUGAGUGCUUUGGUAAUUUUACUCCUACAUUUGAAGGACUGUUUUGAUUGUUUCCUAAGAAACAUACAGCUUCCAAAUUAUACAGUUGUUUUUUCGUCUGUGAAUUGAAUUCGGAUCAUGGGAUCUAACAAUGCURAACUGAUUCUAAAACAGCUCCUCUAGUUAGGGGGCAGUGCAUUUCCUUUAAAGUUAAGUGUUUCUUUGAGACUGGGAAAGGAUAUGUGCCUGGGUAUUCUUGGUUUGGUAAUAAAUAUGGAUAGAAUGAAAAGAGAAAUUUAAACAAAAUGGGAGGAAGGAGAAAUAACCGUAACUGUGGUGACACGUCUGGGGAGAUGGUGUUCUACUUUGCUUAAUAGGGUUAUGGAUGUCUUGUCAAUUAUUCCCAUAGAAUUAAACAUGAGUUUAAUAUUUGGAAAGUUUUAAUGGCUAAUUUUUCAGCUUCUGCAAGCCUGUUGUGUCAGAAGAAAAUAAUGGUGUAUGUUUUUUCCAGGAUGAGAUUAGGUUAGGAUUAUGACCACCAUCAUAAAGAAUUGAACUCAUUGAUCACACAGCAGAGUCUGCAGGUCUAGGUUUGAUGGCUGCCAGUUGCUUAUGAUGUGUUCUGUGCUGGAUGAUUUAUUUGAUUCAUAGUUCAGGUUAUGAGUAAGGGSASAGUUAGAGGCAUCAGGUUACGAAUKCAAAUUUUGUACAGUCUCAUGGUCAGAGAAGCAAAAAUGAGGCUUGAUAUUGAUGAUACAGAUGAAGAAAAGCACUGAAGGCAAAUCAUAAGUAUUCUUGGAAACUUCCACUUUAGCUAGCACUGGGCUGACACCAACAACAAGUCGWUACAAGACUCUUAUUUCUAGUCCAUUCAUGAAGUUUUAAUAUAWGCAGUGCUCCGCUGUCACUGGUCAAAGUGUUGGUCUGUGUGGUUUUGAAUACACAGGUUUGGGUAACUUGUUGGACUAACAUACUUCUGCUUUUUAUUUCAUUCUACUGAUUAUACCAUUCUGCCACUUAAUUAUUCAUUAGAUAGUUCAAUCAUAUGAACUAAUUGUAUGAAAUCCAGAACUAGAGGGAAUUYUGUUAGUUGGGCUGCUAAAUGCUGAAAAAUCUUCCUAGUGUUAAAUGUCUUAAUUAUGAUACUGCCUUUUUAAAAAUUCCAUGAGCUUUCUUAAGUUUAAAACAGUGCAAAUUUCCUAAGUGUAUACUUCUGUAAGCCCUGAUUUCUGAUUGCAAGUGCUGUGCCACACCUUCUAUGUAUUGUGGCUCUAAGACAGCAAAUGCAGAGAAAUCUCUGAAUAAGGUAUUACACUUAGAAAGUCUGCUGCUUGCUGAUGUAUGUACAAGUGUAAAGUCUCACUUCUAGCAGUGCCACACAUUGCUUAUUGCACAGCGCUUUGGCUUCUUUUGUGUGACUGAUGAGAACUGCUGAAAUAUAGCAUUAUUUAUAUUAUUUAGAAAACUGUCAAGUCAAAUGCUUGACUUUGACUCCAAGGUUUCUUUUUUUGAUUGUCUAGCAAAUUUGUAGCCCUGGAGUCAGUAAGUAGUUUGUGUCUCUAGGUGAGCAGCUGAAAUUUAGUGGCAAGGCAUUGCUGAUAUCUAGUCUGAUUGGGCAUCUGUCUAUGCUUAUAAAAUUGUGYGCUUCAGGAAAGACAAGGGGGACAGAUGGGAGUGGUGAAGACCCGCCAGUAACUGCUUGGCUGUCUAAUUAUACUCCUGUGGCAUAUACUUAAGAAUUACUUUCUGGAUUGUGAGCGUCAGCCUAUUUGUGGUGUAUGUUCAUAAUACUUUGCUUUACAAUAACUACUCCUCUGGGCUUUUCUCUCUUAGUUGUAUGGGUAGAAGUCUUCUACUCUAUGAUCUGCUACCGUGUGUGGAUAGAAGAGCACUUACUCUCUUACUAACACCCAGUAUAUCAUGUAGGUGAAUAGAAGCCUAGGGCUCCCUUGCUGCCUAUCGAAAGUGGAGAAUGAGAUUCGAAACAUGAGAAGUUGAGAUCUUCCCUUGGUAUCAUCUGGGUUUCUGCACUACAGCUCCAGAGUUCUCGGUGUAUUUCUUCCCCUAAAAGUCUCUGUUUUUUCAUGGAUACAGUGGAUGGAUGGUUGUCUCAAAUGUCUUUUUUUUAUCUUCUUUUUUCUUUUUAUUUUUUUAAAUUCUAGUUAGGGAGACUAAGCUCAAGAGAAGAGUACAUUAAAGUAGCCUACUUGAAUUUCUUUCAAAAUUUACAGUUUCAUACAUUCUGGCUUUUUCAGACACCUCAUUGGUUCAGUUGGGACACUCACCCACUCUGCUUUUUGUUUUUUUCUGUGAACUCUUUUAGUCAACUCAAUGCUUUGUUGUUUCUGCUUUUCUAGUCUUUUCAGCUUYUGCCAGUAACAGUUCUGAAAUCAAGCCUAAAUUAGGAUGUGGAGUCUCAGUAGCUCAGAAAGCUUGGGGGUUAUCUCUUGAUGCUUGUGGCAUAUCGACUUUAUUGAGAGAGGAGUUGCUGGUUUUUUGGGGAUGCAUGGAUGCCUGUAUGAGCCAAGGCUGCCCUUGAUUUGAAUGCUUUGGUCAAGAAAUGGGAUAUUAGGCUAAUAGAAAUUGUCUGCCUCCGCAUUGCUGCUUGUUCUUUAACUUUGCUGCCUGAUUAAACUAGUGCAAUUCAUGGAAUAAGCAUCUCAAUAAUACAGUCACAAAAUUUCUGGAAGUUACAAAGACUGUCAGUCAGUGUUUGAAACAUGAAGCUUUUUCCUUGUUUCUAUUCCUUUAGGAAUAAAAAGCAUGUCAUUUUCCAUGACUUCUGGUGAAUUUGAUGGGCAGAACUGUCUUUUCAGAAUAUUGCGUUCCUGAAGAUGAUAAUACUGCCUUGAACAAUAAAAUAUCAAGGAGGUUCUAGAUACUUUUGAGUGCUUUUCAUCAUAUCCACAAGUUGUAGAAAUAACUAACUUCAGAUUACUCUUGGCUAGUUAUCAARAACAGGGCAGAACGCAUUGCAGUUCAGAGAUGAAAAGUACAUUUUCUGCAAUGGUCAAAUGAAAGUAAGCAAUGAAUUUCAGUGCAAACACCUCCUCUGUGUCUGUCAUGUGUUUGAAAAGAAUUCCCAAUAUAUAUGACUGCAAGUGCAAGUCAUUUUGAUUAAAAAAAAAAAAAAACCCAAAACCAAAAAUGAAGAAAAGGCAGCACUUGUGAUACAAGUUGGCCAGAAAUCAACUGGUAUGGCUAAUAUUAGUGAAAAGCAAUCCUUUGUCCUACAAACCCAACUCAUAUGUUUAUGCCAUGUGUUUGUGUGAUGUCUUUCUACAUUCACCUACUCUGUUCCAGGUUCUGUGCUCUAGAACAUACAAAGCCAUUGCUCAGUCUGCACUUGUGGCUGCAGGGCGCUUGUCGUGUCUCAUUGUGGUCUGAGGGGAGAGCUUUGAAAGCCAGCGGACAUUGAUGAUACAGUUCACUGCAGACAUUAAGGAAGCUUCUUUGGAAAAGUGGGAUGUUUGUUUGUCUGGUCUGAAUAAGGUCUCUUUUCAGGGAAGUACAUUACUGGAACCAAGGAAGCUUUUGUUGCUUUUGUUUCUGAAAUUGCAAUCUGUGUCUGAACAAAGUCAUCCAUUAUAACCUUCAAGUAACUUAAAAAGUCUCACUUCUAAUACCUCAGUUAAAAGGAUAAUUGAUUUUUUCCUUUUUAGCUUCCCUUUGUACAGUUAUUUGAAAACUCCUGCAGAAAAUGUUUAUUUGUUUUCAGUAUGUAUAUUUUUAAAGCAUGCGUUUCUUAGCAAGUUAUGCAAGCCUUUGAAACAAAAGCUGCUAUAAAAAGAAAUCUGAAUGAAACUAUUUGCAUAGCAAUAGCAGCCCAGUUUUGGUAUAUAUGCUAAAACAAAUGGAAAUCUGCAGGAGGAAGAAAUACCCCAAAUCUAGAACAGAUAAACAAAUCCAAAGUAAAUCAUGAGAGGAUUUUCCACAAUUUCAUGUCAAAGACUGCUAAAGUAUUAGUGCUGUUGUACUUUAAUAUUAUUUCAAUAUUUUGACUUAUCUAGUGGUGUAAGAGCAAGGGUAGACUGAGAUUGCUUU